CCAGUGAGUGUUGGUUGGUCACUCGCUUCGCAGGGAUUAAUAGCUACUGCUGGCCCUGUUCUGGAAUCACGAAUCCGCGAUUUUUCAUCAUUCAUUUUCCUCUCCGAUUUCAUUCUGGCGGACCCGCGUGCCCGGCCUCCCCGUGUGCCGCCUCCCGCUCCUCCCUUGCGGCGUAGUCGCUCGCCGUUGGGGGCCAUGGCUUCGGCCAGGGAAGCCUCCUCGCGCCCUGGACCCUCGUCCUCUGCGUCUUGUUCUUCGUGCUCCCCGCCUUCCUCGCGCUCGUGCUCAUCGUUCAUGGAGGGCUCGUCGAAACCGGAAGUGGACAACUCUAGCACGGUGAUCCAAAAGAUCGCCGAGAUCUACGCCAAACGCCUCAUGUCGGACGUGAUGUUGGUGGUGGGGAAUGUGGAAUACCCUUCGCAUCGUCUGAUUCUGUGCGCCUCGUCGGACGUGUUCCAGGUCAUGCUCAUGGAUCCCAGUUGGAGCGAGCACUCGGAGACCCGAAUCACUUUGUGCGAGACGCCCUCCUGUGAGGCCGUGUUCGAAGAUUUCCUCCGAUAUCUCUAUACGGGCAAGAUCCAGUUCGAUUACGCCACCGUCAUCCCGGUGGUGAGUCUGGCUGACAAAUACAAUGUCCGCGACUUGUUGCGGGUGGGCUUAGAUUUCAUGAGCCGGAACGUGGCCACGGCUUGUAAACGUCAUCAAGUGGUGUCGUGGUACCAAUUCGCCUCGGCCGCCGGCCACACCCACAUUGCCGGCCUUUGUCGGGAGUUCAUCUUGGCCAAUUUCACGCGGGUGACUGAGACGGUGGAUUUUGGACACUUCGAGUUGGAUCACUUGGUAGAUCUGCUUCAGUGUCAUACCAUGGUAGUGAAGGAUGAGAUCAGUUUGUUUCAUCACAUCAUGCGGUGGAUCGAUAUGCAACGCGAGAUGAUGGUUCAGUCCGGAGAGGAGAAUAUUGACAUCCACAUUGGCCGGCUGAUCUCGGCCGUGUUGCCACAUAUUCGUUAUCCCAUGAUGACACCGGCCGAGUUAGUCAAAUUGCUAUUGUUUCCCAUGUCGAAAAGCCUCACUGAAUCGCUGGUGGAGGAGAUCCGAACUGCUUUGAACUUUCACACUCAACAAUUGCCCGAAAUCACGCCGGCCAUUCAACGCACGUGUGAAAAGUAUUCGCCAGUCAAGUUCACGCCUCGUCUGUACACCACCGAAAAGUAUUGCGCCUCCCUCUGUAUCGAUCACUAUCACAAUUUGUCUACCUACGACUGUCGCAGCCUCCUUUUCUCUAGUCAUGCUCACGUGGCUGAGCAUUUGGGUGAAGAGCAAUCCGAAUGGGUCGUGGACAUUUAUCCUAAGGGUGUGUGGUUUCAAAGAUGUGUCACAGUCUAUCAACCCACGGGUCUCGAGGUUCCCGGUCGCGUCCUGAAAACAGUGCGUGUAUCAAUAUGGACCCGAAAUGAAGAGGAGCAACGGGUCAAAAUCGGCAUCCUGUUGAUCGGAGAACAAGAUGGGUUUCAGCACGUUCGCAGAGUGAUUUCGCGCAAUUUUGUGUUCUCGGCCAACAAUCAGAUCGUGAACUUUGACGACAUUCUCGAUUUCGACGAGCUCAACGACCUGAAGAAUCGUUCCCAUUUCUUAUGUGGUUCGAAAAGGAAUGCCCUCCGUGUUAUGUACGUGAUAACGCCUUUGUCUCCUUUGUCUUCGUUGGAUUAAAUUAUCGCAAAUUUAUCAUAUUAAACUCCCAAAUACAUGGUUAAACAAUUA